UUAUCCACACGACAGGCGUAAAGGCUUUUCAUUUCCUUCCCUAUCCAACUCUCUCUCUGGUUUGCUUGCUCUGAACUAUCAUUUCAUGUGAAAUGUCAGCAAUUUGUUCAUCAUUUCGAGCUAUGGCCCCUCAGUGGAAGCUUAAUAAUUGUAAAAACUUUCGUUUCUGGAUUCUACUACAUUCAAAGAGAAAGAUUAGCUUCCCCCCUUCCCCUAUUUCUUCUUCAUUCCAAGAUGAUGAUUUCGUCUCACCUCCCAAACAAUCCCAGUUGGGUUAUGAUCCUUCGGAGGAACUAUUUGGACUUGCCGUUGAUCCACAACCAAGAAAGAUUACACCUGGUGCUUCCAGACAAAGAUCCUGGUUUGGUCCCACUGGCCAGUAUAUCAGAGAGUUGCCUUGUCCAAGUUGCAGGGGAAGAGGUUAUACUCCGUGUACAGAAUGCGGGAUAGAGAGAUCUAGAGUAGAUUGUCCACGGUGCAAUGGGAAGGGGAUAGAGACUUGUCAUCGGUGCUUGGGAGAAUGUGUCAUAUGGGAAGAGUCAAUUGAUGAACAGCCAUGGGAGAAAGCCCGCUCAGUUUCUCCACUGAAAGUAAAGGAAGAUGAUGAAGUGGACAAUUUAGAGAUAAAGCUGGAUAAGAGGAGAAAGUCAAAGCGGGUAUACCAAUCUCCAACUCCUGAAGUUGGUUUAAAGAUCAGCAGAUCAUUAAAAUUGGAUGAUUGCAGAGCCUCAAUGCCAAAACUGGACUAUUUAGUAAGAGAAUGAAGAUUAUCCAUCGCGAUCCUAUGCUGCAUGCUCAAAGAGUGGCUGCAAUCAAGAAGACGAAAGGGACUGCUGCUGCCAGGAAGCAUGCUUCUGAAGCUAUGAAAACUUUCUUCCGUGAUCCAGAAAAUCGUCUCAAAAGAAGCAUUGCCAUGAAAGGAGUGCAGUUUUAUUGCAGAAACUGUGGGCGAGAAGGGCAUAGGAGGCACUACUGCCCUGAACUUCAGAAUAAUCUAACAGAUAGACGGUUCAGAUGCCGGUUAUGUGGGGAAAGAGGGCAUAACAGUAGAACCUGCUGGAAGUCAAAAUCAAAUGAAUUGAAGAGUAAGGCCCAAAGGUAUCACCAUUGUAGGAUAUGCGGACAAAGUGGGCAUAACCGCAGGACUUGCCUCCAGGCCACGGGAGCAGAGUCUGGUGUUAUUGAAACAAGCUCAGGUUCUGGAAAAAUGACUUACACCUGCCGGUUGUGCCUGGAGAAAGGGCACAAUACCAGGACAUGUCCAAGUAGAAAUAGAUAACCUGUUGAACUAGACUCACCUUUGGGACUAGAUCCUGGAGAAAAACUUGUACUAUACAUUUGGCCUCUUCUUAUUUAUAACAGUGGCAUUCUUCCUUCCAUUAUCUUUGUUCUCGUGGAUGUUCUGUGUAUCACUGGUGACAUACUGGAUUAGUUCCGUUUGUUAAGCCUAUAAGAGUGGA